AUGAAUGGCACGUCCAAAAAAUUGACUUUAGAGGAAAGGUUAUCUCAGGCUGCUCAGAAAGGUAAGAGAAGAACCAAGAAACAGGACUCAUCAUCAGGUGCUGCUUCCCCCACACCGAGCCAAUUGGCCGAAGCCAGAGAUGUCGAGGCAGAUGACCCUCUAACGAGUCACCAGGUUGUCGCAGAUUCUGAGCAAGCUAAAGAACGCGAGGAUGUAGCGCAUCUGCAGAAUACACUUGGCAUUGAGACGAAAGCUACUGAGGGAUCCUCCGAUGACGUCGACGAACUCUCGUCAAUAAUACAGACGGCACCGUGGUCUUCUUGGCUACCUGCGGAUGGUCGACCCCUGGAGCCUUUGACUUUGCUCAGACUAAUAGAUCCUCAUAUUAAACAGCUUGUAAAGCAGAAUUCUCAAGUUGAUAGACCUGACUCCUCAGCCAGCAGCCUUGUCAAAGUGAUCAGAGAGAAAGACGAAAUGAUCAAUCAACUCAGGCAAGAGGGAGAAAAGUUGUCGAAAACCGAGCUGAAGCAGAAUGCUACCAUCAAAUCGCUGAAUAAAACGAUUGAGAACUUAAGGGAAGAAAUCGAGAUCCUUCAGAAUGAACUUGUCGACAAGCUUGAAGCACUGGAGCAGCUCUCCUCCGAUAAAAAAGACUUAUCCAAGAAGAUACAAGAUCUACAAGAUCAAGUAAAGGAGCUUACUGAAAAUCAGCUCGACGUCGAAUCAUUGAAAGCACAACUUUCACAAAAGGAAAAUCAAAUAGAAGAACUUCAAGCGUCGCUGAAUAUUAAACGGAAAGAUUUUAGUGAGAUUGAAGCGAAAUUACGAGGAGAAAUUCAGUCCUUGAGAUCCGCGAGCCGUGAGGAGAUUGCAUCGCUUGAAUCCAAUCUUGAACAAUUGCGAAUCGAACUGGAGAUAGCACAAAAAGCCUCGGAGGGAGGAGGUCACGAUGACCACCUACAAGAGCAGUAUAAGCUCUUGCGCACAGAGUUAGAGAGCAACAGAGAGAACUGGACAGCAUUAGAAGAUGCGCUUAAUAGCAAAAUAUCUACUCUUGAAGCCCGAGUGGGUCAGACUGAGAAGCUAAAGGGCAGAUUAGCAGAUGAACUUGCCUCAACUGCCAAAGCUAACGGAGCUCUUCAGGAAAGGAUCAAGGAGCUUUCUGACAGGCAAAUAACUGAUCAAAAGACGAUAGAAGAACUCCAGAGUGAGAAUAAAUCUCUAAGUACGUCGCUUGAAGACAUCAAGGAUGAUUUUAAAUUACUUCAGAAACAAUACAACCUUCAGAAAGCACAUCUGGAGCACAGAAUCGAUUCCGCCGACGAACUACCUAGGAAGCUAUCUGCCGAAGGGCGCAGUGAAGAAAUAACCGAUCGAGUGAAACUCGAAGAUGACUGGCUCCUGCCAUCGGUGAUAUCUUCAAUUAAUGAGUCCGAACCGCCAAUAGAGCUGAAGGGCAAGCUCGGAAAUGAUAGCUUUGAGAGCGUUCCCUGCAGUCCAAAUUUGGAGAAGGGUGGUCUCGAGUUAGAUAUCAAUGACAUCCCCAAUGAAGCCUCCGAAUUACCUUCUUUACCGCGCGCUGGAAUAUCUCGACAGCAUUCAAGCUCAAACAAUAUUUAUAAGUUGGGAUCCGAAGUGCCUAUCUCAAACCAGAUGAAUGCCCAAAUGGUGACUAAGCUUGCGGGGGAAAUACGACGGUUCGAGGUGGAAGUUUCAUCAUUAAAAGGCCAAUGUGAUAGAGCACAGAAGGAAAAGAUGACGGCCAACGACGAAAUAGUCAGGCUCCUUGAAGAGAACGAGUGUCUGAAAGCGCUAGAAAAGGAGAAGGUAGACCUAUCGAAAGAAGUCGAGGAAUUGCGUUCAAAACUAGAGACUUCGUUACAGCUUCUUGGUGAGAAAACGGAGCGUGCUGAGGAGCUGGAAAAUGACGUGCAAGAUCUUAAAGAUAUGAUGAAGCAACAGAUUCAAGAUAUGAUUGACUUGCAAAACAAAUCAGUUUGA